AUGGAGUCUCACCGGGGCGACGGUCGCCGUCGGACCCACGGCCAUAUAACCACGCUAUCAACCCAUUUCUUUCCCUUUCGAGGCCCUGCCUCGCCAGAGACACCGCUCACCUCGUCCCCCGUCGAGAUGGACGACUGCGAACGCAGUCCAGAGAGGCCUUCCUCGGGCUCGCCUAAGCGCAUGGCCAGGACCGCCAGUCUUCGGGUGCCUCUGCUCAGGUCCUCCACUUCGGAUGCCCUCAGCGGCGUCGGCUCUGGUUUGUAUCUCAAGCAGAAACUCAGAAACCGACCUUCGCUCUCCCAGCUCGUCGACCGGGUCCGAUCCUCCUCCUCUUCUUCUAUUACCCCGGUGGGCUACCAAGUCCAAUCCACGAUCCUCACCAUCGGCAAACCGCAUCGAUCCAACUUAUCCAAGGAGGUCUCCGAAGAAGAUUUACUCAUUUCUCCAACUUCGGUUCUGUCCCUCUCAAGCAGCUCUCAAAGCUCCGAAUCCGAGCAGUCUCCCUCGAAUCCAGCUUGGGACCGCACCCUUGACGUGGUCUACCACCAAUACCCUCGCGGCACCUACGAUCCCGACACGUCUAUGCGAUACCGUCGCUCCGUUACCCUCUUUCGCCGGGAACACAACCGCCCCCGAAAGCGCUCUCUCCGCGGAUACCUCACGCUUCCCCACGAAGUCAGGCUGCUUAUAUGGCAACACGUUCUCGCCGAUAUCAACUCCUCAUCUACGCAGCCAGAGCCUAGCUCCCUGACAAGUUAUCUUGAAGCGAGCUUCGACGUCCGCGCCGACGCAAUGGUGUGCUUCCUCAUGACUAGACGCUUUCACGUCAUCCACAACCCGUAUGUCGGACCUGCCUUGAACCCGCUAGCCACCAAAUGGCUCGACAAGUAUGGACCCUACAUGCAACACUUGACGUUCGAGUUGGACUUGACGAGAAACGGCUUCUCUUCCACCCCCAAUGCUCAACUCCUUCGGCCCGGCACAUCCAACCUGGAAGAUCGGAUCCGCAGGUUUGUUUCGUCCCAGAAGAAGCGGAGCUCGGCUUCGACCAUGUCCAUCGAGUACUGCCCUAACCACUUCCUACGCAUCUGCGACCCUCUAAUCGCCCUCCACGGCCUCAUCGAUUCUAUUCGCAUCUGCGGCUUCUCCAAACCCUACACCCUCUCUCUCCUAAAAUCCAUUUUCCCCACUCAACACACCCCAUCAAGUGUCACAGCUACCAACGGCGGCGGCAUCUUCCGGGAAGAGACUGUCGAGGAACUACCCUCGGCGUCGAGACCAAGAGCACUGUACGGCUCCUACCAACUACCCGCUCCUAGGGCGGAUGUUCCCGUGCCGGAAAGCACCGCCAGUGAAACCGAAGAUGGAAGUGACGAGCUCGUCGAUGGUGACUCGGAAACCGCCUCUCUCAUCUCCGCACCGAGCCAGGUGGGAACCGAACUUGAUGAUUACUUUGCCUUUGCUGAGUUGCUCCAGAAGAAUGUGGAGCUGAAAAGGUUGGCCCUGUGUAGUUUGGAGGAGGAGAUGAUUUAG